AUGUCCGGUUUUCAGUCGGUUCAGGCCAAUCAAAUUGUGAAGGAUCGCAAGUGGAAAUUGACAAAUGCCAUUGAUAGAUAUGAUGAGAACAAUAGCUGGGUGCAUGUCAGCCAGAUGCUGGGGAGUGGAAUUGCCAGCGUUUUCUCAGGAGCCAAAAAGUACCACGAGGAAGACAUUCCUAGCGACCUGGCAUGCCAAAGCAGCAAUCGAAAGAAGAAGCGCAUGGAGGUGUCGAAGAAGUUCUUCAACUGGGUCCAAGAAUUGCUAGAGCAAGAGAAAUAUGAGGGCCAUCCCUUUGAAGUUAUCCCUGGAGGUCUCAACGGUAUUGCUGAAGGGUUGGCUGAUUCUUUCGGCUUUGCUCUACCGGUGUUGUAA